ACAACAACAACAAUGAAACGAGAAGGUCGUCAACAUGGUUUUGUUGGUUGCUACUAUGUCCCUCCACCUAAUUUAUGUCGCCGUAAAAUGGUGGAUCCCGCCACGGCCAGGGGAUGCUUCGUCAAGGUGCCAAACAAGCCUACAAACCUGUCCAAGUUCACCGGCAGAUGUCGUCAUCCCUAUACAGGCUGCAAAUGUUGUCAUAUCACCCCAGCUUCUAAGUCCAAAGACAAGAUCAAAGGCACCAUGAAACUCCGCUCAAUAGACUCCGGAAACAACUUGACCAAAUACUAUUCUGGGACUUCGGUCACCGGAGUUUUGGCUUUUUUGGCCCAUGAAAAUGGUUAUAAUGAUAAUGAUGAUGACGAUGACUAUGAUUACCAAGGUACACUAGAAGAAAAUUACGAUUAUGGUUAUAGUUAUGGUCAUGCCGAUCAUGAUCAUGAUCAUCAUGAUGAGCAUCAUGACAUUGACCUUAGGGUUGGAUUUGGGAUUGAGGAGCAUGAGAAUGAUGUUGAUAUGGGUGAAAUUGAUGUGGAUGAUGAUGAUAUGAGUUUUUGUGAUGUGGGGUUAUGUUGGGGACAUGGUGAUGAUGAUGAUGAUGAUGGAUGGUAUUUGGUGGGUGGACAAAUGGAAUAAACUUCAAUUCUUUUGAGCAAAUUCAUCAAAUCAUCAUCAUAAUUAUAGUUAUAAUUAUAAUUAUAAUUAUAUUUAUGAAUGAUAGAUUCUGGGUUUGAUUUAAAUUGUUGUAAUACUUUGUUAAUUAUGUAUUACUUUACGUAAAAUCCCUAA